GUCACAGCUGUGUGUUUUUCAUUGUCCACAGAACAUGCGGCUAACACAACAGGACCUUCUCUGCUCGUGCUAGUAAACAGGAGCAUAUAAAUGGACCGCAGUCUGAAGAGGCGUCAGGUGAAGCCGCUGGCUGCAUCACUGUUAGAUGCUCUAGAUUAUGACAGCUCAGACGACAGUGACUUUGAAGUAGGAGAUGCCUCAGGGUCCGAUGGAACGGGUAAUGGCAGCGAUGAGGAGGGCUCCAAAGGCAGCGUGGCUGGCUCGGAUAGUGAGUCGGAGAACGCGGGCUCUGCAGACGACGGCGUUGAUGAGGAGGAGGCCAAGGAGCUGGCAACAGAGGAGAACAUGUCUGAGGACGAAGACAAGGCCAAGCAGUCCUCCGAGACUUCCAAGGCAUCCUCAGACAGCCCCACCAAAGAGGGCGUUGCUACAAGCACUCCUCCAAAGAGCCGCCGCAAAGCCAAGAAAACCCCAGAGCCCGAGACAGCAGCCACAGCCCCCCCCAGCACUGAGCCCACCUCCGGGUCUGUCAACGCAACUGAUGAAUCACAGUCUGAACCGAAGAAGUGGAACUUUCGCCGUAAUCGUCCCCUUCUGGACUUCACCACCAUGGAGGAGCUGAAUGAGAUGGACGACUAUGACAGCGAGGACGACAACGACUGGAGACCCACGGCAGGGAAGAAGAAAGGCAAGGCCGCUGCCCAGAAAGGGGGAGGGGCCGAGGAGGAGGGGGGUGGGGCCAGUGAUGAUGACGACGACGACGAUCAUGACGACGACAAUGAGGACGACGACGAUGAAGAUGACGACGACGACGACGACGACGACGACGAUGAUGACGACAAAGAGGACGGAGACGAGAACAACAGCAGUAGCGACAGUGAAAAGGCCGACAAGAAGCCCAAGAAGAAGAGCAAGAGCAGCAAGAGCAGCACCGCCCUGGACGAAGAGCUGACCAAUGACAGCAUGUCCCAGGGCAAAGGCAACGAGGAUGGCCUGCUGGAGCGUUCCCAGACCUGGAGCACUCAGCACAUCCUCAUCUGCUGCGUGUGUUUGGGAGACAACAGUGAGGAUGCUGACGAGAUCAUCCAGUGUGACAACUGUGGAGUCACUGUGCAUGAAGGCUGCUACGGCGUGGACGGGGAGAGCGAUUCCAUCAUGAGCUCCGCCUCCGAAAACUCCACUGAGCCCUGGUUCUGCGACGCCUGCAAGAACGGGGUCCGGCCCAGCUGUGAGCUCUGCCCCAACCAGGAUGGUAUCUUCAAGGAGACUGACGCAGGGAGGUGGGUACAUGUGGUGUGUGCUCUUUAUGUCCCUGGAGUGGCUUUUGGAGACAUUGAUAAACUCCGACCAGUAACCCUUACAGAGAUGAACUAUUCCAAGUAUGGCGCUAAGGAGUGCAGUUUCUGUGAGGAUGCGCGCUUCGCCCGCACCGGAGUCUGCAUCAGCUGUGAUGCAGGCAUGUGCCGCUCCUACUUCCACGUGACCUGUGCUCAGAGGGAGGGCCUGCUGUCAGAGGCCGCAGCAGAGGAGGAUAUUGCCGAUCCAUUUUUUGCAUAUUGUAAACAACACGCAGAUCGCUUUGACAGAAAGUGGAAGAGGAAGAAUUAUCUGGCUUUACAGUCCUACUGUAAAGUGUCUCUGCAAGAGAGGGAGAAACAGCUCACCCCUGAAGCACAAGCCCGGAUCAUGACGCGUCUUCAGCAGUACCGGGCCAAAGCAGAACUAUCCCGCAAUACAAGACCGCAGGCCUGGGUGCCCCGAGAGAAGCUCCCGCGACCUCUGACCUCCAGUGCAUCGGCCAUCCGAAAACUGAUGAGGAAGGCUGAACUGAUGGGCAUCAGCACGGACAUUUUCCCCGUGGACACAUCUGAUGCCAACGCCAGCAUGGACGGGCGCAGGAAGCACAAGCAGCCUGCACUCACAGCCGACUUUGUCAACUACUACCUGGAGCGGAACAUGCGAAUGAUCCAGAUCCAGGACAACAUCUCGGAGCAGAAGAACCUAAAAGACAAGCUGGAGAGUGAGCAGGAAAAACUGCAUGUGGAGUACAACAAGCUUUGUGAAUCUCUGGAAGAUUUGCUGAAUGUGAACGGAGAGCUGCGCGGUGAAGGCCAGACCAUGUGGACUCUAAUGGGAGGCAUCCUGGGACAGAAACUAAAUACUCCGGCCGUUCUGAAAGCUCCAAAGGAAAGAAAGCCCAAUAAGAAAGAAGGAGGAAGCCCGGGCAAGUCAUCCAGCCUCCCAGCUAUUCUCUACAGCUGUGGUAUCUGUAAGAAGAACCAGGACCAACACCUGCUGGUGCUGUGUGACACGUGUAAGCUGUACUACCACCUGGGCUGUCUGGAGCCCCCCCUCACACGCAUGCCCAAGAAGACCAAGAACAGCUACUGGCAAUGUUCAGAGUGUGACCAAGCCAGUAGUGACGAGGCUGACAUCGCCAUGGCGACACUCCCUGAUGGCACCAAGAGGUCCAGGAGGCAAAUCAAAGGACCAAUCAAAUUCAUCCCUCAGGAGAUGUCACCAGAGCCCAAGAAGAGCCAGGUCCGAAGCUCCAGGACGCGUGGACAGAAGAGGAAGCGUCUGAACCUGUCUGAGGAGCCAGAGGAGAAAGUGGAGGAACCAGCGCCACGGGAACGGCGUCAACGUCAAUCAGCCCUUCAGAAGAAACCCAAAGCGGACGACACCCGGACUGAGUGCACCACGUGUAAAGGACCCGGCGACAAUGAGAAUUUAGUGAGGUGUGACCAGUGCAGCCUGUGCUACCACUUUGGCUGUCUGGACCCCCCCUUGAAGAAGUCCCCCAAGCAGACGGGCUAUGGUUGGAUCUGCCAGGAAUGCGACACUUCCUCCUCCAAGGAGGAAGAGGAGGAUUUAAAAGAGGCAGACGCCACCACUGUGAAAGAAGAAUCGGCCGAAGAGGAGAUCCAGACCUUGGACUGAGGACUGCACCUGUCUGUUCUGAACAAAGCACACUCUACUUUUCUACUCUGAUCCCAAAGUCCAGAUAUUUUACAAACACUACGCAUUUCUGUCAGAGGAAAGACUUUGUAACUUUUAGGGCUGCAGACUGUGAAUGCAACAAUACAACCUGCACAGGAGUGAAGAUGACAAGUGUUAGCUUAAAUGCUACUAGCCUGACACAUUUACAGUAGCCUUCAUUGAUAUUGGCACCACUGAUCAAAUCUUUAAUGUAAAUUUUAUGUUGAUGUUUUCAAGACUUUAUAAUGGCCAAGUCCCAACUAACUUGUCCAAGUCUGAGAAUUCACUUAAUUCACUUAAAAAUUAAUAUUAUGUUCUUGAUUAUUCAAAGUGUCUAUAUAUUCUUUUAUAUUCUUAUUCUUAUGAUUUUUAGGAUUUUUUUAAAAGAACUUUGAAUACUGCAUUAUGUGUUGUUGUUUUUUUGUUGUUUUUUUCUAAGCUUUUUUUUUUUUUUUUUUUAAACCGCUUUUUAAAAAUCUACUUUAUAUGCUCAUAUUUAUCAUUGGUGCCAAUAUGAAUGUAAGUUGCUGUAUGAGUAUUUAUUUUCUUACACUAAAUAUCGGAAAACUGUUUACAAGAUGUCCAAAGCACUGCCUACAUCCACUUCUGCCAUAUCCCACAUUCCACAUGAUUUUAUGAUCUUAUUUUUGUAUUUUACAUAUGUAUUCACUAGUAUUUUUUACUCUUCAGAAUUUUAAUUGCCGCAUACCAGUGCAUUCGUGUUAUUUUCACAUUUGCGUACUUUCCUUCAUGUAGCCAGAUGGUGCUUUGGCCUUCCAGUGGCCUUGCAGUUUCAGAAAAAAAUAUAACUUUUCUAACUCUCGAUCAUUAGAAUGCACCAGCCACACUGAAACCAAAAAAGUUAGCAUUAUUUAUAUUUAAAUGACUCAUUGCUGCUUGUUUGACCUUUGAACUUGCACCACUGCCAGGCCCGAGCACCCUUUGGCUCUCAUAGUUAUUCUGAAACUAUCCCUUGAAGUGCCAAUAAAUUGUAAAUGCAAAAAACCCUCUGUUGGCGUCUCUAUCUCUAACACACAGCAGUGGCACAUCUUAAGUGAGAAUCACGCUCGGCUAAUUGCUAAACGACAACAUAAAGCGCGCCCGGGCAUCAGGCUCCCAGCACUGCCAAUUUGU